AUGCUGUUUGAACCUACUCAAGUCUUUGGUGCUCAAGUGCUCCCAGGGGAGACUCCGGAUGACUCUCUGUUUAAUGAAAUCACCGCUGAGUUUCGGAAGUUUAUCACUGAAUUUCGCAUUGCAAACUCAUUCAUAUAUCGUGAGCAGCUUCGUGAAAAUCUCAGAAUCAAAAGUUAUUACCUUCGAGUGAAUACAGAACAUUUAAUCUUGUACAAUGAGGAGCUCAAUAAGAAGCUUAGUGAUGAUCCUGGUGAUAUCAUUCCCUUGUUUGAAGCAGCAAUCACUACUGUGGCCAAAACUCUCACAAUGAUAGACAAUGACACUCCAGUGAAUGAGCGAGAAUUUCCCACGUGCCAACUUCUUCUUGAUCUGCGUGCUAACCAUACUCCAGUGCGUGAUUUAGAUCUGGAGCAUAUUCUGAAAAUUGUGAGAGUCCCGGGAAUCAUCAUUAGCGCACUGGUGCUCUCACUGAGAGCAACAGUUGUACAACUUGUGUGCCGCAAUUGCAAGCAUCUCUAUCGUAUGCGUGUACCACCUGGGUUUGGUCCAAUUCAAUUGCCAACUAAAUGUCAAGGUAAUCACAUCGACGAUGCUCGUGAGAAGUGCCCUCCAGACCCUUACGUGAUUGUCCAUGAUAAACUGACUUUCGUUGACCAACAGAGUCUUAAGCUCCAAGAAGCUCCGGAUAUGGUGCCAGUAGGAGAAAUGCCUCGGCAUAUCAUGCUCCAAGCCGAUCGUUAUAUGACAAAUCAGGUUGUUCCCGGUACGAGGGUCACCAUUGUUGGUGUCUAUAGCAUUUACCAACUGCGACAGAAGGGUCGUGAAGGUUCCGGUGCUGUUGCGAUCCGUAAUCCAUAUUUGCGAAUUCUUGGUAUACAAACCGACGUGGACAGCACCCUCGGUGGAGGAGUUGUGUUUUCAGAAGAAGAGGAAGAGCGGUUUAUACAACUUCUGCGUCAUCCAAAUUUGUAUCAAGAGUUCACGAACUCUAUUGCACCUUCAAUUUAUGGGAAUGAAGAUAUCAAGCGAGCCAUCGCUUGUUUGCUUUUAGGUGGUCUGAAGAAAAUUUUGCCAGAUGGCAUGCGCCUCAGAGGGGAUAUAAAUGUUUUAUUGUUGGGUGACCCUGGUACAGCCAAGUCUCAGUUGCUUAAAUUCGUCGAAAAGAUUGCCCCAAUUUCAGUUUAUACUUCAGGGAAGGGGUCAUCGGCGGCGGGUUUGACCGCUAGUGUUCAGCGUGACCCAACAACGCGUGAUUUUUACCUCGAAGGAGGGGCUAUGGUUCUUGCUGACGGUGGGGUCGUGUGUAUCGAUGAAUUUGACAAAAUGCGCGAUGAAGAUCGUGUGGCAAUUCACGAGGCCAUGGAACAGCAAACUAUUUCGAUCGCUAAAGCGGGUAUUACAACGGUUUUGAACCUGCGUACCCUGGUGUUGGCUGCGGCAAAUCCCAUAUUCGGUCGCUAUGACGACAUGAAACUGCCGGGAGAGAAUAUUGAUUUUCAAACUACGAUCUUGUCUCGUUUCGAUAUGAUUUUUAUUGUUAAGGAUGUCCACAAUGAGCUGCGAGAUAUCCUGAUUGCUGAACAUGUUAUGAACGUCCAUACUGGCAAUCAAAGACAGAAUCAAGAGAGUGAGGGUGAAAUACCUGGUGAUUUAAUGAAACGCUAUAUUCAAUAUUGCAAGCUCAAAUGUGCUCCUCGGUUAUCAGCAGAAGCUCUGGAGAGAUUGUCAUCUCACUUCGUUCAAAUUCGCCAUCAAUUGCAAGUGAGUGAACUGGAACAAAAUGAACGACUGCUGAUUCCCAUUACAGUUCGUCAAUUGGAGGCAAUCAUUCGAAUAACCGAACUGUUGGCAAAAUUAACUUUGAGUCCUGUCGCCACCGAGGAGCAUGUUGAAGAAGCAAUUCGUUUGUUUACCGCGUCAACUAUGAACGCAGUUGAACAAGGUGUUGGACUGGGGACAAGUGGUAAAGACAAUGCUGAAAUCAGGCGUGCCCAAGAUGAGAUUUGUAAACGUUUACCUAUGGGAUGGUCUACGAACAUUGCUACGUUACGGCGUGAUCUUGUUGACCGUGGUCUGAUAAGUAACGAGGCCUUAAACCGGGCGUUAUACGUUAUGGAGCGUUACGAGCAAAUUAAGUUCAGACAUCAAGGCCAAAACGUUUUGAGAGUCGGUAUUUAG